AUGCAAGCUAACCGAAGCACAAGACUGAAAAGAAUUUUGGAGGAAACAACAGAACAAGAUGGGGAGGCCGAAAUCCGUGAGAGAAUGCAAUCGCUGAAUGCGCAACUCAUUGAUUCAAUCUCCAACCUGCAUGAGGUCUUUAGCAGUCAGAUUUUCAUUGCAACAUGCCGUGGAUUAUGGGAUAGAAUGGGACAGAUUGUUUUGAAAUUUUUAGAAGGAAGGAAAGAGAACAGGAUAUGGUACAAUGGAUCUUACUAUGCUCUUGGGAUAUUGGAUGACACCUUUGCUUCCCAAAUGCAACGCUUGCGAGGAAAUGCACUGCAAGAGAAGGAUCUCGAAACUCCUCGUUCAGUGAUAGAAGCUCGAUCCAUUCUUUCCAAAGAUACCACAAAUGCGUCUGAUCCAUCCGCUUUCUUCUAUGUCUAGCAAUUCCUUUCAUAUUUCCUUUGUACAUCUGCUUCAUAGUAUUCUUUUCUUUCUUAUUCUCAGAAAUCAAACAUAUUCUUUCUGCAUAUAAGUGUAACAAAUAAAUAAUAAUUUUGUUCAUAUAGAAGGUCGCGAAAAAUUAGCUUCUUAAGUUGGAAGCCA